AUGAACAUGCGUGAUAUUCUGAGCACGUCCAUGGGCGAGGAGCUGCCCUGUGACGUCGAGGUGUUCCUUAUGGGUGAGGAGGUUGCCGAGUACAACGGCGCUUACAAGGUUUCCAAGGGGAGGGGGGGGAGGGGGAAGUACGGCUACAAGCGUAUCAUUGACACGCCCAAGAAGCUGGGCUUCUUGGGUCUGGCCGCGCACAGGCUAUUAACCGGAUCAUUAACUCAUCCGCCAAGCUACAUGCCCAAUGGCGACAUCCACGUGGCUAUCGUCUUCCGCGGCUUGAACUGCCGUGUUGCCGGUGUUUUGCCUCUCAUCAUUCGCAGUGCAACACCGCCCGGUAUGGCAGCGUCCCGGCCUCAAGAUUGUGUCUCCCUACGACUUGGAGGACGCUCGCGUGUCUCGUUCCCCGUGUCCAAGGAGGCCCAGGACAAGGACUUUGUGAUUGAGUUUGACAAGGCCAAGGUCAUGAUGCCGGGCACGAACGUCACUGUAGUUGCCUUCUCCCGUACGGUGGGCGAGGCCCUUAUGCCCUUGUUAAAGAGGGAACGGACGCCGAACGACCAACCACAUUGUUUCCAUCAGAAGGGCUGGGGCCAGAGCGGCAUUGGCUUCGAGAUUGUUGGUAUCAUUAUGGAGAUGGAGGCCUUUGACUAUCUGGACAACAAUCCCCUGAGCGCGUGA